AUGGCCGAGCACUCAUACCGACCCGGGAAGCAUCCGUCCAACGAUUAUGUGCCGCGCACGACCGCGCCGCGCGAACAGAAAGUUGAUCGCACCGUCCGACUAGAGGACCAUCGUCCAGCGUCCGACCUGAACGUUCAACCAAAUCUAUCCGCCCGGCCGAACCUGACGACAUCGGCCACGAUUAAUCCGAUCGUACCGAUGGCCGAUCACAACCCGCUAGCCGGCCGAAUGUCCCGACUGACCAUCCGAACAGUCCGGUCGACCCGAAGCCGAUUUUGA